GCUGAAUUACCUCCGGCCGGACGUUAGGAGGGGAAAUAUCACGCCAGAGGAGCAGCUUUUGAUCAUGGAGCUGCAUGCUAAGUGGGGUAACAGGUGGUCGAAAAUCGCGAAGCAUCUGCCUGGAAGAACAGAUAAUGAGAUCAAGAAUUACUGGAGGACUCGAAUCCAAAAGCAUAUAAAGCAAGCUGAAAACUUCACAGGCCAACCUGCGGAUCAUCAUCAUCAUCACACCAAUGAUCAAGCCAAGCCCAAUGAUCAAGCCAGCACCAGCCAACUCUCCAGUUGCGGACCUGCGGAUCAUGCAGUUGAAUCUUACUCUCCCCCAUCCUUUAAUCCCAAUAUGGAAGCUUUUCAAGGCCCUUUCCCCACUGAAUCAAAUGACAACUUUUGGAGCAUGGAGGACCUUUGGUCCAUGCAGUUACUCAAUUAAUGGAGAAGACAAAAUAAUAAUAAUAAUAAUAAUAGUAGUAGUAGUAUACUUUCACGCGUCGUCAACUCCAAGCCCUAGCUAGUAUCGUUCGAUGUCCGUAUAUAUAUAUAUAUACAUAUAUAUUAUAUGAAUUAAUUAAUUAGUUCAUAUAUCUCUACGUACUACUUCAAUUUCUAGUCCUUCAAUUAAGUAUUAGUUCACAUGUAAUAUGGUGGUUAGGUAUAUAUGAAUUCCGUAUGUUUAUACACUAAACCUACAAUUAUCUUGUGAUA